GAGCAGCAUUCAGUUUCAAAACAGCUAGUGAGAAGUGCAAUUCGCAAACGCUAAUAACCAAAGGUUAAGAAACUGUUUAAAAUCAAAGUUGAACAUAAUAUCUAAGUCAGUGAAUCCUUAAAAAAUGCCGCUCGCUCCAAUUUUGUUCCGUGACUGCUGGGAAGACUGCUGGGACACACCACUGCGCACAUCCCGGUUGAUGGAUCAACAUUUCGGAAAUGGUCUCACAGGCGAUGACUUGUUGAUGGCACUCACCUCUGCCUCACCGAGGUGUUCGGCACAUCAAGCUCUCUCACGGGGCGGUUACAAUCGACCAUGGCGCAACACUUGCCUCGCAUCCCGUCAGGAUUCCGGAUCAAUAGUUAACAUUGGGGGCGAUAAGUUCCAGAUCAAUCUCGAUGUGCAGCAGUUCUCUCCGAAUGAGAUUUCUAUCAAGGCAACCGACAACAGCAUUCUGGUGGAAGGCAAACACGAGGAAAAACAAGAUGAACAUGGUUUCAUCUCGCGACACUUCGUACGACGUUACAUGCUGCCAGCUGACCAUGAUCCCGAGGCAAUCGUUUCAUCGCUUUCGUCAGAUGGAAUUCUCACUAUCACUGCGCCAAAGAAAGCUCUGCCGGAAACAGAAGGACCCAGAGCGAUUCCCAUAACACAAACUGGUCAACCAAUGAAGAAGAUAACUGACAAAUCGGAGGUGAAAUCAACUGCCAAGCAGCCGGCCGAAAAUGGCAAAUAAACUAAGCACGCCAAUAUAAUGCAUUUGUAUCGUAAUAAUAUUUUUUGAUCUCAAACUAAAUAAACAGCUUCAAUGUGUUGAAUUAAA